UCCUGCUCGCUGCUGUCCUCUCCUUUCCUGAACGCUGAUGUGUUACUAACUUCUGCCUCUAUCUCUGACAAAAUGUUAAAUUUCGGAUCAAAAAUGCUGCUGCUGCUUCUCCUGGCAUUCCCCUGCGCAUUAAUAUCCAUCGGCCAGGUCUCUGCAGACUCAGACUCUGCUGAGGACAUUGCUGAGGACCCAGAUGCUGCAGUAGACGAGGAGGAAGAUGAAGAAGAGGUGCCCGUUGAGCAGGAUCAGAUGCAACCCUUGGAAGGGGAAGAAGAAGAAGACUCGGAUGAAGCUGCUGAUAAACAGAUAUCUUCUCACCCUGAUGUCGACACAACCAUCAUCUUUACGACAGGAGAAGAGUUUCCUGCUGAUGAAAUUGUGAAGUUCCUGGUGGGUUUCACCAACAAGGGAAGUCAGGAUUUCACCGUCCAGUCGUUGGAGGCCUCCUUCCGUUACCCCCAAGACUUCCAGUUCUACAUCCAGAAUUUCACAGCGUUGCCUCUGAGCACUGUGGUGCAGCCCCAGACUCAGGCCUCCUUUGAGUACUCCUUCAUCCCAGCUCAGCCCAUGGCAGGUCGCCCAUUUGGUCUUGUUAUCCUCCUCAACUAUCUUGACACUGAGGGAAACGGGUUUCAGACUGCCGUCUACAACCAGACUGUCACCAUCAUUGAGCUAGACGAGGGAAUGGACGGGGAAACAAUGUUCCUGUAUAUCUUCCUGGUUGGACUGGUGUCCCUGAUGCUCUUUGGGGUGUACCAGGUCCUGGAUUUAAGGACGAAAAAGAGAGUCUCAGCGAAAAUAGAAAAGGGCACUGGUGGUAUGAACGACGUGGACAUCAGCUGGCUUCCUCAGGAGACUCUCAAUAUCAUGAACAAGGUUUCCCCAAAAGCAUCUCCACGGAAACGAACCAAUCGGGCAGCUGGAGCAGAUCAAUAGAACUGUCCAUUGCUUUCAAAGCUCAUUUCCUCGCCGUUGUAACCCGAUUCCCAUUUACAAUGGAUCUACACUUCCAACCCGACCACCGUGUUUCAGAUGUUUGAGUGGAUCUCGUCUUGCUGGAACAACGGCCAGAGAGCAUCCCGGACUCCCGGACAUUGAGACACCAACAGGGCUGAACUACAGUCUAUUUUGAAAGGGACUUUUUUUUUUUGUCAGUAUGUGAAAGGUGAUUCAAAACAAGAAUUAAUUCAACUUUUUGUGAAAACAAAGUGCCCUAAAAAGAGAGCAGAAUAAAUCAACCUGCUGGCUUUAUAAAUGCUGUCAAGUCAGAAUGUAAUUACUUUUUGUUUCGGAGAUAUGUUAGCUGCAUUUUUAGGCCUCAAAUCAUUCAUUUUUCAUUUGUUGAAUAAGGUAAAUCCUCUACUUCGCUAUCAUGUAAAAAACACUGUGCCUCUUCCGUACUGUCAUGCAAUGCCAUGCAAAGAAAAAGUAGAUGCAAUUGAUUAAAUGGUUUCCCACUGAUGGACCUCUGCUUUUACCAUCCAGUCAUAUAGCAUGAGGUUUCUAAAAGUAAUUAAAUCUUUUUCAGUGGAGCAAUGGCAGCUGCAUAUUAAACAUUGUUCCCUUGAGGUUUAUGCAGGUUAGUUUACCUGUUGUAUUGUAACGUUUCCUUGGUUGAGCAUUCCAAACUCUUUACUAAGUGCCGUUGGUGCAAUCUUUCAGAUUGCAUACCAUUUCUUUUCAAAGACAAUAAAAGGGUAAACAAAGUA